AUGCCAGAGAACGAUUUAGUCGAGGAGUUCACAGAGGAGAAAGACGAGAAGUUGCGCCAGCAGUUCGUGCGGUAUGAGAAAUUUAAAAUGGAGUACGUCGAGGCGCAGCAGCGUGCACUGGAGUUCAGAGCGUACUGGGAAAGAAGACAUAAGGAUGAUCGUGACCUCUGGAGAGACAAGGAUUUCGCUAAUGCUGUCGAUAAAAUGAGCCGAGCUGGAUACAAAGGAGAGUUUGGGGAUCAUGAAGUGCCUGAAGAGGACAAAAUCAAAUUGGAUGCGCUUUACAUGCAGGUCACAUCCGGUGAUUAUGAUGGGAAUACGGCUCUUCGAUGUGCUGACGAAUGGAAACUUCUCGCCGGGAAGACAAAGAUCGAGGCUCAACGUGAAUUCAUCCAUACGACUAACAAAAUCCUCACAAGAUACGGUUGGAAUCCACCAGAUGGAUGGGUUUAA